CUUUGGGGUUUGUGUAAUUUGGAGCAGUUUGUUUUGAAGUGGGUUUUAUGUUAUUUAAUCGAGCACGAAACAGAUUUUCGAAUGUUAAUGCCAGUAAUAGCUGAUAAUCCCAAGUUACAGCAUCAUAUUCAUAUUAGUGUUUCAGAAACUGAAUCGAAUAUGGAUAUUUGUAAAAGUUGAAACAUUCUUUGGGAUUGUCUCCUUCCGCGGGUUAUGGUAUUCUUUGAAUUCCCUGGUUCCGAACCAUACGGCAUAUUAACAGUUAUGAGCUAAUUAGAGAAGGUGACCUUCUGUCACUGCUUUUUUUGUUUCACACAUUACUAAUUUACUAUGAAUGAGCAACUAGAACUGGUGUGUUUGAAUUAGAUUAUAUAUAUUCCCUUGUUCAAGAGAUAUUUUGAAAAAAAUUUACAAUAACGGUAGAUUUUUCUGUUCCUCUUGAAAUUCGCUCUGGCUUACUUAUUAACACACAGCUUCUUAGAAGUGGACUACAAACAUAUAACACAGAUUGCUGAGAGUUUAUCUGCCUCGCGUGAAAUGGGGACUAGUGGGCCAAAAACAGCAAGUGAGCCAGAGUGAUUUUUGAGGGGAUAAAAACCAUCUAGAGUGUUCUUUGAUAAAGAGGUUGACUCCCUUCACCCAUCACUAUGUAUGGCCAAUGACCUCCUUGCUUAGUUUGUUCUUAUCCUUUAUGGGCUCGGGGCCAAUAGUUUGCCCGUUCAAUUGGGACAUCUAUAGUGAAUUUGUGGGUUGCAGAUGCCUGAUAUGAAUCAUCUGAAUCAUUUUUUCACUGAUGGUACUGCUGCAUAUUUAGUGGCUGUGGCUGGGGACAACAGUAGGAUGAAGGAUUCAGUUUCCAAACAAUCAACUAUGUCUUCUUCAUAUCUCCCAGCAACCACUGAUUCUAUUGCUCAGGCUUUAGAAGCCAAGACCCCAGCUGAGGCCAUCUCUAUUCUUUACCGUGUGCUUGAAAACCCAUCAUCUUCUGCUGAAGCCUUAAGGAUCAAGGAACAGGCAAUCACAAAGCUUUCAGAUCUUCUAAGGCAAGAGAAUCGAGCAGAGGAUCUCCGAAACCUUUUGACCCAAUUGAGGCCCUUUUUCAACCUGAUUCCCAAGGCAAAGACUGCAAAAAUUGUUCGUGGGAUAAUUGAUGCAGUAGCUAAAAUACCAGGCACGUCUGAACUCCAGAUUUCCCUCUGCCAAGAAAUGGUGCAGUGGACCCGUGCUGAAAAGCGAACUUUCCUACGGCAAAGAGUGGAGGCAAGGCUCGCAUCUCUUUUGAUGGAAAACAAAGAGUACUCACAAGCUUUAGUUCUCCUUUCUAGCUUAAUAAAGGAAGUGAGAAGGCUAGAUGAUAAGCUGCUGCUUGUGGACAUAGACUUGUUGGAGAGCAAACUCCAUUUCUCUUUAAAGAAUCUCCCCAAAGCCAAGGCUUCUCUGACAGCUGCUAGAACUGCUGCCAAUGCCAUAUAUGUGCCCCCAGCUCAACAGGGUACUAUAGAUUUGCAGAGUGGGAUCCUUCAUGCAGAAGAAAAGGACUACAAAACUGCUUAUAGCUAUUUCUUUGAAGCUUUUGAAGCUUUCAAUGCUCUUGAAGAUCCGAGGGCAGUAUUUAGCCUCAAGUAUAUGCUGUUAUGCAAAAUCAUGGUGAGCCAGGCUGAUGACGUGGCAGGAGUAAUAUCAUCCAAAGCUGGGCUGCAAUAUGUGGGGCCUGAGCUGGAUGCAAUGAAGGCUGUGGCUGAUGCCCAUUCAAAACGCUCUUUGAAGCUUUUUGAGACUGCCCUCAGGGAUUUCAAGGCUCAGCUAGAGGAAGAUCCUAUUGUCCACAGGCACCUCUCUUCUCUGUAUGACACGUUAUUGGAGCAAAAUCUCUGCAGGUUGAUUGAACCUUUCUCCAGGGUUGAGAUUACACAUAUUGCUGAGCUGAUUGAGCUACCGGUUGAUCAUGUGGAGAAGAAAUUAUCUCAGAUGAUUUUGGAUAAGAAGUUUGCGGGUACUCUGGAUCAGGGUGCUGGAUGCCUCGUCAUUUUUGACGAUCCCAAGAUAGAUGCAAUAUAUCUGGCAACACUGGACACCAUUUCAAAUGUUGGCAAGGUCGUGGAUAGCCUCUAUGUUAGGUCUGCCAAGAUAAUGGCAUGAAGUUCUGGAGUUAUUACCUGUCUUUCCUGUUUCUAUUUCAAAACAAUUACUGUGUUUUCUCACCUGAGAUGCUUCCUAGAAAGAUUAAUGCGUUGUUGUUUAGCCUAAACUCUUUUUCUGGGUUGAUUUCCGAGAUCUACAUGUUCUCUGAGGGAAAAUUUUCACA